UUAAUGAUGAUUUUAAAUCUUUUAUACCAGGGAAUCUAAUAUCCUUAUACAUGACGAUAAUCAAUUCGGUCGUUAUGGUCGGACUCUAUUAUGGAUUUCUGACCACACUAUCCAUAGGUCCCUCUUAUAUCUUCCUUCUACGAGCUCGAGUUAUGGAAGAAGGAGAAGAAGGAACCGAGAAGAGAGUAUCAGCAACAACUGGGUUUAUUGCAGGCCAGCUCAUGAUGUUCAUAUCAAUCUACUAUGUACCUCUGCAUUUAGCAUUGGGUAAACCUCAUACAAUAACUGUCCUAGCUCUACCGUAUCUUUUGUUUCAUUUCUUCUGGAACAAUCACAAAGACUUUUUUGAUCAUAGACGUCCUACCAGAAAUUCAAUGCGUAAUCUUAGCAUUCAAUUUGUAUUCCUGAAUAAUCUCAUUAUUCAAUUAUUCAACCAUUUCAUUUUACCAAGUUCAAUGUUAGCCAGAUUAGUCAACAUCUAUAUGUUUCGAUGCAACAACAAUAUGUUAUUUGUAACAAGUAGUUUUGUUGGUUGGUUAAUUGGUCAUAUUUUAUUGAUGAAAUGGGUUGGGUUGGUAUUAGUCUGGAUACAACAAAAUAAUUUAAUUAGGUCUAAUGUACUUAUUCGAUCUAAUAAGUAUCUUGUAUCAGAAUUUAGAAAUUCUAUGGCUCGAAUCUUUAGUAUUCUGUUAUUUAUUACCUGUGUUUACUAUUUAGGCAGAAUACCGUCACCCAUUCUAACUAAGAAACUGAAAGGAAUUUCCGAAACGGAAGAAGUGGGGGAAAGUGAGGAAGAAAGAAACAUAGAAAUAGAAACUAUUUCCGAAGGGGGAGGGGCUAACCAGAAACAGGGGACCGAAGAAAAUACUUCUUCUUACCUUUUUUCGGAGGAAGAGGUGGAUCCGAGCAAAAUGGACGAAACAGAAAAGCUACGAGUGACUGGAAAGAAAAAAAAAAAAAAGAAAGGGCGAACUCCACUUUGUUUUUAAAGAGACAUACUAUAAAAAUAGACCGGUUUAUGAAACUUCUUAUCUGGAUGGGAAUCAAGAAAGUUCGAAGUUAGAAAUAUUAAAAAAAAAAGAAGAUAAA